GAAAAAUGUUUAUCGUCUCAUAGAUCUGCAGUGAAUCAGUUCCUGUUUGAUAUCAGUUUUUCCUGGAGGGCUUCGUACAAGCUGCUGGAAAGUACAGUUCAUCAGAGUCUGCUCUGAUCUGCUGCUCAAGAGAUAAGAGAAGGAAGAGGAGAUAGGUCUGAACUACACCUCUGAAGCCUGAGUCCUAACAUGGUCUUUGGUUAAUGGAAGGAAAGUGCUUUUACCAGAAAUGAGGAUCUUUUGACCAGAACCUCCUUACGACAGGCACCAGGAGCAAGAGAAGGAGAGGGAGAAAACAAACUACUUUGCCUAAUGCGGCUGAUGAGUUUACUCAGUGUAAAAACCACCUGUUGAUCUUUGACUCAUUCAACAAAGAAAUCACGUCAAAUAGUAGCCUGAAAAAUUCCUGGUCUGCGUUGAGCAUAGAUGACAGCUGAUGACAACCUGCCCUUAAAUCUCUAAAAAGAAAUAGCUGAUAUUAUAUCUGCAGAACCCCGGCUGCGUUCACAACCAUGGAAAGCUUCAUGGCACCGCUGAGCACCAUCAGUGAGCUCACACUUCAGCAGAGCCAGGUUAAGGUCCUACCUGGCAAGGUGAGUGGUCCCUCCCGCCGCAAGCGGGAGUUCAUGCCGGAUGAGAAGAAGGACAACAUGUACUGGGAGAAGAGGCGCAAGAACAACGAGGCAGCCAAACGCUCACGGGAGAAGAGGCGCCUCAAUGAUUUUGCCAUGGAGACCCAGCUGGCUGCUCUCAGCGAGGAGAACACCAUCCUCAGGACAGAGCUGCUGUCCCUGAAGCUACGCUUUGGGCUUAUCAGCCCGGACACCAGCACCUACCAGGGCCACUCCUUCCAGGACUUCCUGGGAGUUUAUUUCAGAGGACACAGAGCAGCCUCCCCACUCCUUGAAGCUGAGCCCUUUGCUGGGGAGUCCUGCUUCUUCGCAAGAAAGAGCUUUGUGCCAAAGGGGCUGGAGCCAGCUGAAUUUUCCUGCAAAACCUUUGGCCCAUCCAGAAACAUCUUCGGCUGUGACUCAAAACCAGCUCCCGUGGACACAGCAGGACUUCAGCAGCCAAAGAGGCUUGAGGCAGACUUCCGAUCCACAGUUUGCUCUUCAUUCCUCAACUACCACUGCCCGGACAAAUAUGCUUGUCACUUGCCUUUGUUAGGCAGUGCCCACUUCUUGUGCCCUUCCUCCUGUCCAGGUGUGGUGAGCAAAGAAAGCACCACAGCAGUCUCAGAUGAAGAUGAUGAGCAACAAGUGCCCAAAACAUCUCCUCCACCCCCAUGCAGCCUGCCCUCCCUUUCAGAAGAUCAUUUUAAAGGCCGGAGCUGUGCUGCCCUACCUCACAAGCUCCGGAUUAAGACCAAAGCCCUCAGCAGCUUGGAGGAGGGUGGCCUGGACUCCCACUGAGGUAGCAGAGGAACAGCCCACUGUGGGACCAAAGCAAGACCUUCCAAAGACAUAAAGGGUUUGGAAGGAGGGGAUGGGAGGGAAAUGUCUUGUGAGUCAAUGAGGAAAGUGGUUUUCUCUGCUUUGCAGAAAUGAUAAGGGAGUUUAUAAGGCAAGGCUGCAUCACUACAGCACAAGUGCAGUUGGCCAUGAUGGUCACCUUGCUGGAUAAGACCUGCCAGACCCCACGAUCGCAGCGUGAGGAACGUGCAUUUUGCCUGCCUGCUCUGCUCGCAAAUCAAGCUGAAAUUUGAGGUGUGAAGGGAGCAUAGGCAGGAAGAGUCUAACACAGUGGAGGUGGUGCCCACGCCAUGUAACGCAACUGCAGCUGCUUGGGGUGGCAACCACAUUCAGAACACAACCACAUCCACAACCUUUGCUUCAUCAUCACCUUCAUCCUCACAACUGUGGCUGAAGUCUUGAUUACUUGACAUGGGAAACUGUUAAUGGAAACAGUUUCAGACUCCCUAUCUGUCUGGAGCAAGAAAAAGGGACAGUGACAAAGGGGCGGGGGACACUGACAUGAAAUGAGAGCAGAACCUAGUCCAUUCUAUUCACAGUUUAUCAUAAUUUAUCUUCAGAGAGAAUGAACUCUUUUUCUCCUUGACUGGACACAAUAUGUACAGAAGAUAGUUUCAUUUAUCUUUGCAACGAUUUUUUUGAGGACUAAAUAUUUAGGUUUUUUUACUGAAAUGCAAACCAAUUUAUUUUUACCAUGUUCUUUUUAAAUAAGGCAUUUUCAGAAAUGGCAUUUUUGUAUUUGGAAAUUGCCUUUAUAAAAUAUUGCCUCACCAUUAGCUGAGUUCGCUGAACCAUUUCCUUUUUCUUGGAAGUGAAUUGCUUGUAAAAUAAAAAAAUAUGUAAAUGCUCCCAAUUUAAUUAAGUGGGUAAAAACCAUUUCAACAUAUUAGAUUUCUUCAUAAAUGAUUAAAAAAUAUUUGAACAGCUUUAAAUGCAAGUGAGCAACCCAGUUAACACCUGGCUGCUUAUUUCAACCAAGGUAAAUCUCGAUUGUCCCAAUGUUGGACUCACAUUGAAUGUUCUCAUAGAUGAGGGGGGUUCCCUGCCCAUGGCAGGGGGUUGGAACGGGGUCAUCUUGAAGCCAUUCCAUGAUUCUGUGAUUAUUCCUGUUUACCUCACUGUGCAAGAUGGAGAGAAUGAACUGGAGACCUAGCACUGGAGGUUUUUCUUGAGCCGAUGAUGUUGAUGUGAGUCCAGCAUGGCUGGCAACCUGUGCAAGCUGGAGGGAGGGAGAAAAGGGGGGAACUUGAAGCACAAAGAGGGACCUUGUUUUGGGGCAGAGGCUCGGUGGAAAGCAGGACUUGCUGAUGCCAUGUGGUUCCCACACUGUGCUGCUCCCAAGCUGGUGGAGAUGGAGAAUCCCUGGCUUUGCCAGUGGGCCUGGACAUCAACGAUGGUGUGGAGGAGCUCAGAUCCUCCACCACAGCUCCAUCCUGGGACAGCAGACCAGUGGCCUCCUGACCACCUUGGGAAACAGGGUCUGAAAUGUUUUUUUUUCAGGGAUCACAGCGAGGUUUGGGUGCAGCACUCAAAAAUAACAGAGGAAUAAAAUUCUCCUACCUGUAGCCUUUUGGAUGUCUACUGUCCCAGAGUGUGCAGCACCACUGGGGGAACUGCAGGGACAGAAUAGAAUGGGCAGGGCUUUGGAAAAGAAGGGAAGGCCACGUUGCUCCUGAUUUCUGUCCCUCUGUGAAGGAAGCGUACGGUGCCCAGGGCAGGGCAAGAGAUAUCCCAGCAUAUUCUGCACAUAGAUCCUCUUCAUGGAUGUAACGCUACCAGCUCGCUCCCCUCCCGAGGCUUCACCCGUGUCCCACAGCAGGGCUGUGGGAAAUGCUCCCUCCUAACCAAACUUGUAUCAUGAGAUGUGUUGGGAAGCUUCAGCAAAGCAUCAUUGUUGGUAACUUACUCUCAGGCAGGGCAAGCUGUUACUUGGAUCUCACGUGGUGCUUCUACUCCAGCCCUGAGCAUUCAAGGAAUGUCUGUGCUAAGACCAUAGAAUCAUAUAAUGGUUUCAGUUGGAAAGGACCUUAAAAUCAUCCAGUUCCACCCCUCCUGCCAUGGGCAGGGACACCUCCCACUGGAUCAGGCUGCCCAAGCCCCAUCCAACCUGGCCUUGAACACCUCCAGGGAUGAAGCAGCCACCACUUCCCUGGGCAACCUGUUCCAGGGCCUCCCCACUCUUACGGUGAAGAAAUUCUUCCUUAUGUCUAAUCUAAAUCUGCCCCUCUCCAGUUUAUACCCACUGCCCCAUUGUGGAGAUCAUACAAGUUGUAUCAUCUCCACGUUAUUUGUAGGUAUUCCUGGUGACAGGGGUUUCCACCCUGUAUCUCAAGAGCCAGCUCUAUUCCAGAUCUCCAACUUUGUUUGAUUUUACCUAAUGCUUUUAGGCUCAGCCCCUUUCCCCUUGUUCCCCUUUACCUUUGCACAUGCUGCGUGUAGUGUAAGUCUUCCUUGGGGUAUCUGCUUGGACACUUUUCCUGUCUGUCCUGCCUUCCAAGAGCUCAGCCUUUGGGAAAACCUGCACUGGAGCCACAGCAGUGAGUGCAGAGUAGGUGCAACACGGCUGGAGAACUCAGCCAACCAUGUAGCUCAGGGCAAGGCAGGAGGAGUCCUGAGCUACAGCUGUGCUGAGCUGAAAGCCAACGGAGCCUCAGCCAGCAGUAGUCUUGUGAAUGUCUCUAAAGCCUACUUUCUGCUGUUCCUCAGUCACCUCAGUUUACAAGCCAAAGAGUUCUCAAAGACGUGUUCCAGGUAUACCUUUAACUUCUCGUCCUCGAAUAUUCUGUAUUUUUUCUAUUUUCCUACGUAAAGGAGGCUGCAGUCCUGAUGUUUCUGUUUGGCGUUAGACAAAUACAGCUCAAUUUGAAGGAAGAAGACAGAUCUGAAAGAGGAUAAACAACUUCAAAUUGUUCUCCUCUGCUCCAACCCUACUUUUUCUUCUACUGAUAGAAAAAAAUGCAUUGCUUGCUCAGUCCUACUGGAAACCAGAGAUGCAAGUGGGAGCUCAGCCUCCUAGCUCUGAUCCAUGAAGUCUCCGCUUCGCUGGUUCUGCUGCGCACAGGAUUGCCCUGUUCCUUUCAGCAUUACCCUGUUCUCACUAAACUUUCAGUCUCUGGAGAAUAAGGACAAUUGUUAAGAGUAUUUUUAUAGAAAUCAUUUUACAGCUAAUAAAGAAAAGCACCAAUAACAAGACUGUGUAAAAGGACAAAGCACACUCCCUGCUAUGGGAUGUGAUAAUCCCUCAAAUCCGUUUGGAGAAGAGGGCCCUUAAUGAGGGCUGCUCAGGAUUAUCUGAACUGUGGAGGCAGA